AUGGCCGCCGAAGCUCAAAUCGCUCUUCAAAUGCAACGCAUCGACACGAUGCGUAAUAUGUCCAACCGCUUGACUGACGCUGUACUUGCUACCCAAGGUUCCGCCGCCAUUGACGCUGAACUCGCUAUCCUGACAGAAUUGUGGAACCGCUUCAAUACAACUUACGAGAGGCUGUAUGAAGAUGUACCGGAGAUCAUUGCCAAUGAAUAUCAUACAGGUAACGCUUAUGAAACCGCGAACGUCGCUUAUACCUCUCUUAGAGUGAGACUGAGCGCUGCUAGACCCGCUCCAGAACCUGCUGAUGAAGCCCAGCCCGCUAAUCACGAUCAGACCGCUUACUUUGGUGGAGUGCAUAAAUCUAACUUGCCUCAAAUCAAACUGCCAACCUUCCAGGGUUCGUAUGACGAGUGGGACUUGUUCAAGGACUUGUUCACGUCUCUUGUCCUUAAUGAAGAUUCGCUAACUGGGUCUCAGAAGAUGCAUUACUUAAAGACGCAGGUAAAAGGUGAGGCCGCUGCACUACUCGCUAAUUUACAGGUUACAGAUGACGCUUUCCAACCUGCUUGGAAUUUGCUGAAUACUCGCUACACAAAUCCACGCAGAUUACUCGAUAUGCAUAUCGAUGAUUUGCUGGAUCGUCAACCUGUGACUUCCCACUCCGCUGCUGAUCUGGAUGCGCUGCUACUCGCUAACAAAAAAUCGCUGGACGCUAUCGCUGCAUUGGGAAUUCCAAUUGGUGAGUUGGACCCCUUUUUAAUUCCCUUGACUGUUCGCUGUUUGCCUUCAGAUCUGAGAGUGGAAUGGAUGGCUUCACUUGGGUUAUCCAACGAGUUUCCCACUUACCAACAGCUGCACGAUAUGCUCAAGACCAAGGUUCGUGCGUGGGAAAACUCAGAGAUUGGCGCGAAAAUAACCUCAACGCAAGCUAAAAGUGCUAGUGAGAGACCACUAUCACCAAAGUCUUACGCUAAGUCAGCAGCUACCAACAAGCCAGUUAAGUUUGUGAGCAAUAAAUCCGCUACUCCUGCCAGAUCAACGCCAUCUACAUCUACUGGUUCCGCUAGCUACGUCGCUUUCACUCCGAAGGAUCGUACGAGUGAACCGGGCAUGUGCCCAAUCUGCAAGGAGAAGCAUUUCGUUCUCUUUUGCCCCAGCUACCAGAAGGCGUCGCCACUGAACCGAAGAACGAUUGUUCAGCAUUUCCGCUUAUGCUUAUGCUGUUUGGGACGCCACCGCUACGCUGAUUGCAGGACUAAGCAGAAGUGCCGCCAUUGUGAUCAGCCACAUCACACGUCGACGCACCUUGACGAUGGUGCUGCCGCUAAACCAGCACCGGACGCUCCCGUAGCUGACCCAGGUAACAAACAGUUACAAUUUUGGUAA